GUCCCUUCAAUCUACAAAAAAGAAUUGCCUGUCUUUGGAUCCUUCAAAAUUAGAGUUGUAUUUGACAAAAACAAAAACAAAAACAAAAAAGAAAGCAUGGAGAGAUUGCCUUCUGAUAUUUGUCUUAAGAUUUUCUGUUUCUUGGAUCAUCAGAACCUUGCUUCUGCUCUACAAGUUUGCAGGAAAUGGAAAGUGUUGGGUUCGGAUAACACGCUAUGGUGUAACCUAUUCAGAGAAAGAUGGGGAGUGGAUGAAGCUGCAUUUUUUGCCCCUCAGCCCUUAGAAUCCACAUCAUGGAAACAUGUUUACGAGACACAAGACCGAUGUGAUCGGGUUGGAUUGGGGCUGAAGAUAAUCAAAGAAGGGGGAGAUUACUUUCUUGUACAUCAAGGUAAAAUCCAACGCUACCUGGGUUCAAGGCUUAAAAGGAAAGGGGUGAAAGAGUGCGAGUCCAGCACAACAUCGAAUCAUGUGGAGGAACCCUGUCGAGGGAUUCUGGAUAAAAUCCUCUUCUUCUUGGGCGAUCUUGAAGCUGCUUCUGCUGAUGCCAAACGUGGUAGGCUGCUCUGACUCUCUCCCAACCUCACCCACACUUGUACUAGAUUUUCUCCUCUAUGUACGUAAUGUUAUUAUUACUCUUUCUUUUAGUUAAUCUACUGAUGUUUAAACUCAAAUUUAGCUAUCUUAAAUUAGUUUAAACUUGAGCACUUCAAUCCUAAACCUGAACCAACCUAUGGCGCCAGGUUUACAUAGGAUCCAUACAUAUUCAACUUAUUUGCUGUUACCGUAUUCAAACUCAAUGUGCAGAUGGGAUUUCGAGUGUAAAUUAAAUAUUAUUGAUGAGAUCAUUACUGGAAAA